AUGGUUGACUCGCAAAUCCUCAAAGCCAUUCAGAACUCUAUCGAGGCCUGGAAGGAUCUUGCCGUUCCCUCCAUCCAGAAAAUCACUGAUAUCGAAUCAAAUAAAAAACAUUAUAAUGAGGUUUAUGAAAACUUAGAGUGGGCUAUUAAGACCGUUGCUCACAUUGCGGACGAUCUUGAGGAGCUGGUUAAGGAGCCGGUAAACAAUGAGGAUGCGGACCAGAUUGUCACAAAGUUGGAAGAGGAGAAACCCUUUUUUGAUCAUUACAACAAAUAUAAUGAUAAUGAUGUCUUGGAACCAUGGGAAACACAUAUUGAAGGCCACGCGUUGGACCGCAGUUCUUACUCUCCCGGGUGGCUAGACGACCAGUUUUACCCCGAAAACAGUUUUCAUAACAAUGUGUGGCAGGUUUUCAAGCAACAGGGCUAA